AUGUUUGCUCACGUCUUAGUCUUGUCAUAUCUGCUUGUGGGAUUCACCCUCAGUACUCCUAUCUCAGAUGUUUCCCAAACUGAAAUUGAUUAUGAAUUGUUCGGUGGUGGAUUCGAGGGUGACAUGAUUUUGCCUCCCGAAGUUCUCAACCCAUCAGAAGAACCAACCGGAAGAGGCGUGGCUAUUGCUGGACCUCGUCAAUGGCCUAAAAAUACAAUUCCUUACGACAUUUCGCUGAUCACAGAUCAAAAAGAUCGUGACAUGAUUGAAGCAGCAAUGAACACAGUGACGCUUGUUACGGGCUUCACCAAGCCAGGUGAAUCAACAAUCACUCCAUGCGUUACUUUUCGGCCUAAAAUGUCUAAUGAGUUCCAGUAUCUCAAAAUACAAUACGGAACAGGUUGCAGUGCAACGGUUGGUUAUACGCUUUUCAAGAAGACGUUAAACCUGGAGAAAAAUGGUUGUUUCACGCCUGGAAUUAUUCAACACGAACUAACACAUGUGCUCGGCUUCUACCACGAACAAUCACGUCCUGACCGUGACUUAUAUAUCACUAUCAAUCAUGGAAACGUUGCGAAAGGCAAAGGACAUAACUUCAACAAAUAUCUAUGGGGCGGUUCAGUGUUGAAUCAAAAUUCGACCUAUGAUUAUGACAGUAUUAUGCACUACGGAUCACACUCGUUUAGUAGCAAUGGACAGCCAACCAUCGUGGCUAAUGUGCCUGGUGUGAGAAUCGGUCAAAGACAAAAGCUUAGCCCAACUGAUAUAUCUGAAAUUCGCUCAUUCUAUGGUUGUGAAGCCUAG